AAAUAAUCCUCCAGGGACAUGAAGAUGCCGUGCGGAUCGUUUAUCGACCCGCCGUUCCUUUUGCCUUUUGCCUGUAGAUUUUUAUCUCUCCCGCAAACUCUACUCGCCUUCUCCCUGCUGCGAACAUCCUCUUGCUCCUCCCCCCCUUAUUCCUAUUCCUAUUCGCCUCCUGCGUGAAACGUUUCGUCCUUCGGCCGGUUCCUGUGAUUACCAUACCAUUCUCCCGGACAGCGGACCCUCCAAGCCCUUUCUCUCCCGCUCCGAGGCGCUCCUGAACGCAUAUACAAUCUGCUUUUGAAGGGACCCCUCGCAAUGACUAUCGUGCUGCGAGUCUUUGGGAGUUGUUGAUCGGGUGCUGUCUGGGCAAAACUUCGCGAUAUUUAUUUUUUCUUUCCUACUUUUUUUAUCCCCCUUUUAUUUCUGCGCUGAAUCGGCCCUUUCCCCAGCUUCCAGCCAGCUGGGCAGAUUAUUUAUUUAUACCCUAUUAUUGAGUAUUACCACCAUUUUCUAUCCUUGCGGGGUCCCACGCUGCGGAACCCUUUUCUCUCGUUUUUUGCCCCUUUCGCCCCUCUCUUUUUCUCUUUCUUCUCAUUUCUUAUCAUUACCUUCUUUUUGACAAUCCCAUCCUACUGCUCAUUCCGUGCGCCAUGAGCAGCCUUGCUGAUCUACCGUCGCGAAGGGGCUUGCCUGGUGCCGUGGAUGUCACGGGGAGGACCCGCGACCUUCCUGUUCUCACCUCGUCUGCCAUGGCGUCUCCCCGUCAAUCUCCAGGAGGACAUAUGGAGGCGACGCCGCCUGCGUCUGGUGCCGCGACUACGACGACGUCCGCUCACACCGGUCCGCCUAGUGAUCGAACGCAUACUGCCUCUACGAACGGGUCAUCAGAGCAGGGUCAGUCGAACAGCAAUGCUGCUCCCCAGGCCGUAGGGGCUGCAGCUGCAGCUCAACAACCAAAAGUCGUACAGACGGCGUUUAUUCAUAAACUCUACAAUAUGCUCGAAGACCCCAGCAUCCAGCAUCUUAUAUCCUGGUCUAGUACAAACGAUAGUUUUGUCAUGUCUCCAACAUCGGAGUUUUCCAAAGUCCUUGCUCAGUAUUUUAAACACACCAACAUUUCUUCGUUUGUACGACAGCUCAACAUGUACGGGUUCCAUAAAGUGAGCGAUGUAUUCCACACCGGAUCGCCGGACUCUGCUCUCUGGGAAUUCAAACAUGGAAAUGGCAAUUUCAAAAGGGGUGAUCUUGUUGGUCUAAGGGAAAUCAAGCGACGAGCAUCCAGACAUGCUCUUAUUCACCGCGACUCCUUUGCAGGCCAUAAAACCACCGCAUCCCAGCCCGGUACUCCCGCUGAACCGGCCUCAGAUGCUACUGAUGCCCGACUGGUGAACCUGGAGCAUUCGCUGUAUGACAUGCACAACCGAUUGGUGCGAGCUGAGGAGGGUAAUGCGGCUCUUACUUCGAAAUGCCAAGUCAUGGUGGAGAGCCUGAGCAGAUGCUUCCACUGGACUCACUCAAUUACUCAUUUCCUUUCAGCAAUGGUUCCCGACCGCGAGAGUCCCCUAUACCGGGAUGUGUGUGACAUGCAAAGAGAAAUCGAGAGACACCUUGACCACGUGCGGGCUCUCGAAAUCCCUCAUGAAUCAGUAUUGCCAGGGCGACAACCCUACCUGGCUAGUGUGUCUAUUGAUCCGGGUCCACCCCUUUCUCCUCGUCAAAUACCGCAGGAUGAGAGCCGUCGACCAUCCGUCGUGGAUGUACCGAGGACAGGUGUGAUCCGUCCUCCUGUUCCUGCGCACUUUGCUGUCACUCCUCGCCGUUACGGCUCAAUUGGCGCUGCGAAUUCUUCCCCGAAUUACGGCCGACCGCCGAUUCCGCCGGUUCCUCCCCAGCAGCAGCCACUACCUCAUCCGCUCUCGACUGUCUCCUCUCCUCCAGGAUCCAAUGUUGGUCGACGGCACACAUCUGCGGAUAUUCGUCAGCAUGGGUGGCCACCAUCAAGCAGUUCUCCUUUCCCAUCCAGUAUGGCCGGGCCCGCCAUAUCCCAUUGGCCUCCAUCGCCGCAUCGAACACCGACUUCUAGCGAUCAGCAAGUGCAAGAUGUUUUGGCACGGUACGAAAUGGAUGCGCCGCGACGUCUUCAGAGCAAUUCGCGGCAUGCUACUCCACCUUUAACCACUGAUACGACUCCCCCUACAUUCAACGUUGAUAAUGGAUGGGCGUUCAGUGGUUUGAAGCUUCCCCGACAUGAAUCUUCCUUGCCAGCAACUAGGCGCUCGAGUAUGGCAAGCAAUGUCCACUCUUUGUUAAAUCCUACUGAGAGAACGGAAGACGAUCGAGCACCCAACGAGGAUAGGAAACGAAGGCGAUUGGAGUAAUUUAUCGCUUCCCUAUUCUCUCUCUAAAGCACCGGACAUCUCGCUGGACGUUUUGACAUCUUGUUCGGGUUUCCCCGGCGGAACGGUGCUUUAUAUGUUAGCCGUCAGGGAAUGGAGUGGAGAAAUUCCAUAUAAAUACUUGAAUAAGCAUCUUUCUGCGAACGGCGCACAUUCAGGCAUUAUCAUGCUUGGGAAUAAUUCCACGAGUCUCUGGAGAUGCGUGAGACGAGCGCCUUCCAUUGACACAGUUAAUAUUUGGAAAUGGAUGCGCUGCUGUUGAUGGGACAAACUCUGUUCUUGUCACACCAAAUGGGUAUCUGAACAUAUCUUAGGCAGUCUAUGGCCGAAGAAAAUUUCUUUUUGAAUAGUGAGUAUCUGUUCUCUGUUCAUACAAGUGGGGGCAUUUGGGGAUAAGCCUUCAAGUGCAUUUUGGGCACCACAUACUUUUGUACUUCUUUUAAUCACCCCCUUUUUUUUUUUUUUAGCAGUCAUGCCCUUUCUGUCACUGGGCUACUGGUAUUCUCUUCAUCAGCAAUAAUAUGGAUUGGGGCGAUUCUCUUGCGCGUGACAUUGUCUUUUUUUUCUUUUUCCUUUUUUUUGAAAUGUGACAGUUAGAAAAGCUGGGUUUGCAUAUUCCUACGGUGCAUGCUCCGAACAGCACUUAUAUACCCUUGGGUUGGAUGGAGCGAGCAUCUGUGUUCCAAUAGAUGGCAAGGGCAAAGAGGCACGGGUUUAUAUUAUUUUUACUAUACAUAAUUGGAAAUACAACUCUUCUAUACGAAUUAACUCUUAUUCCAGA